AUGCACAACGAUAAUUUACCAAACCCCGAAGUGGUGUUAUUGCAACUACUUUUGUCUUUCUCAAUUCUCAAUCUACUAUCGGCUACAGCUCCUAAAGACCCAUACGCUUUUGACGACGAAGAAGCAGACACUCCUGCACCUACGAGCCUUCACCCGCCUGUGCCAACUACUAUGACAUCAUCUGUAUCUUCAUCAACUGGUAGCACUACCGCACCAUCUGGUGUUGCUUUUUCUAAUCCAGUUUCCUGCAUCUCCGCAUCUGCCAGCAACACUUCUUCUGGUACCAUUACCUCAGCUUUUCUGACCACUUCCUCAGCUGCAUCUAUCUCUUCACCCACACAUGUUUCACCUGCUUCAAACAAAGACUCAUCUACUCAUCUUGCAGGAGCAAGUCCUAACAAGCACUCUACUCGUCAGCCCAACAGCACAUUGGCGCCUCUUGGGAUUGACAGGUAUGCUAAGGUCUAA